AUGGGGGAUGAAGGUGGCGAGCUUGUUGUUGAAGAGACGAAGGUGAAGGUGCUCCUGGAAACAGAGGCGUCACUCGGGCCUGAUGAUAAAAAAGACUAUCCUCCUGCUGGGAGUAACUCCAUCUACUCUGCCAUUCUGAGCAGGAAUGAGGCUGUGAAGGACGCCAGACGUCUCAAGACCUUUUUGGAACUGCGAGACAAAUAUGUGAGGAAGAAGGUGGUGUUUGAAGACCCUCUGUUUCCUGCCAAUGACUCCUCACUCUUCUACAGCCACAAACCCUCCAUGAAGAUCGAGUGGAAGCGCCCCUCGGUGAGUGUAAAUGAUGGUCAUCCUUUAGGUCUCUGAAAGUCCUCUUCUCUCCAACCACAACAUGUUCAUGGAUGCAGAGCUCAGAGUUAUCACCUUCUACCAUCACAGACAGAUCUCUCUCUCUCUCUCUCUCUCUCUCUCUCUCUCUCUCUCUCAGCCUUCAAGUCCUCCUCCUGAGGACCAAAGAAAGUCUUUAAAACCAUGAAACCAUGUUUUCAAACCCUUUGUCAGACCAUCAUCAUCAUCUGCUGAGAGAAGAACAGCUGAUGUUUGUUUACUUUACCUGCUGAUCGAAGGCGUACAAAUAUUCUUCUCUGAUAAAUUAAUGAACUUUAAAUAAAGACACUAAAUAAAAAGGACCAGUCCGCGAAUUUUGAUCCAAGCAGCAGGUUAACUGAGGGUAAACACGGAGGAAUAAAGUUAGCUCUGAGGUCAGACAAGUUAACACCUGUCAACUGGUCAGAUUUAUGGGUCUGACUGGUCAGAUUUAUCCCUCUAAUGUCUAACUGGUGAGUUUUAUUAUAUUCACCCUUUAAUAAAGACCUUUCUGAAGAGCGUCUGAUUGAACCAAAGAGACUCCGUUUAUGUUUGAAUGUAUUCUGAGUCUAUUUUUGCACGUCUCCAUGUGGAGCACAUGAGUAUGAAAAGAGUAAACACGGCAGUUAAAGUGUUGGAGAGAAGAAGAAAUUAAAAGAUAUCGAAUUACAGCAGAUGGUUGGUAUCAGGGGAAAACAGACAGUCCACAGAUCAACAAGUGACACGAUACACCAGAGUCCAUAAAGUGAACUCUGAUCCGGUCCACAGAAGUGAGACGAUAUACUAGAGUCCACAUAGUGAACUCUGAUCCAGUCCAUGAGAUCCUGAAGAAAGAACUCAUCAGGAGUGAGGCUCUACUGCCCUUCAUCAAGAAAACAAGCGUGAACAACAACGACAACAACAAUAACAAUGACAACGACAAUGACAACAACAACAACAACAACAGCGAAAAAAACAACAAGGACAAGAACAACAGCAACAACAAAAUUAACAAAAACAGCAACAACUCUAACAACAACAACGGAAACAACAAUAACAACAAGGACAACGACAAAGACAAUGACAAUAAUAACAACAACAACUGCAACAACAAAAUUAACAAAAACAGCAACAACACUAACAAAACCAACAACAACAAAAAUGACAACACCAAAAACAUACAACAACAACAACAACAACAACACAACAUUAACAACAACAAAAUUCACAAUAACACCACCACCACCACAGUGGAGCUCCAUGAGCGCUCAGUCCCAGCUCUCCACUGUCUCCUUUGGAUCCAGAGUGGUUUUAUUGGGUCCAGUUGGACUAAAGCGAAGCUGGUCAUUGAAUGGGUCAAGUCCAGGGUAAUAAGAUCUCUUCUUCAUGUCUGAUGGUAAAUGAGACGUCAGACAUUCAGCUGAGACGAAUGAUUCCUCAGCGGGGUCAGCAGGAGAGCUUGAGCUAAAUCGGGAACAUGAGUCUGCCCUUUAACAACCUCAGUUAUCGUCCAUCAGACGAUGAGAGGAACAGAAUCAGAGCUCCGAGUCUGCGGGGAGAAAAUCAAGACGUCCGACUUCUAGAUGAUCAAUAAGGUGUUUUUUUUCUCUCUUAUACUGUGAAUUAUCGAAAACCUUUGGGCAUCUGUGUCACAUAUAAACAAAACGACAUUAUCACUGAAGAUCAGGAAAUAUGAACGUUAUGACCAUAUUAGGAACAGGUUCCUGACCAUGUGACCUGGACCAGCAGCCUUCUCAUAAACACGUCCGGCUCUGACAGCUUCAGGUUCAGGGUCAGGAACCUCUCAGUGUUAGUUCAGGCAGGUUAUUUUUCUAGUGAUACUCAAAUGUUGACCGACAGCGAAAUAACACCCGACUCUGAGGUAUGUGAGGGUUUUACAACAGAGGGGAUAAAUUAUUAUAGAGGCGGAAAGUGAUGCAACACCAGCAAAAGUAGGGGAGACUGGGGUUGGUUUGACAUGUCGAAUCUACAGACAGACAUUUCUCCCUAACAUGUCCACUUCUGCUCUGACAGGAGAUCUGCGAACAGCCAGAGUUCAUCAUCGAUGGAGCCAACAGGACAGACAUCUGUCAGGGAGAGCUGGGUAACUGUCAGACCGUUUCCUGACCAAAAAUCUGCAGAACGCCACAUCUCCAACCCGUGAUGGUCAAACAGUGUAAAUAAUAAAAACAGGCUUUGAAUGGUUUACAGCAGGGGUGUCAAAGUCAAAUGGACGGAGGGCCAAAUAAAAAAUUUAGCUACAAGCCGAGGGCCGGACUGAUCGAAUGUUCAUUGAACAUUUUUUAAAUGACGCAUAUAGUCUAGUGAACCUAACUGAACCUACUGAAAACCUAACAAAUAUAUUCCAAUAUGAUCAGAUAAAUAAAGCAAUAUUUUCUUAUGGCUCUGUCAGUAAUCUUUAAUUUUCAACAGACACAAAAGACAAAUUUCCUUUAUAUAAAAAUCCCCAUAACAUGAACAUUAAAUGAAAGAAACCGGUAUUAUUCAAGGCACCAUCAGUAGCCUAUAUUUUCUAUUUUAGCAAAAGUGGGCUAAAUUUACUUCAAAGAAAAAAAUAAUAAUAGCAAUUUUCUAUCAUCCACUCAACUGAAAUAUUUUUUUUGUUCCAUGUCCAUAUUCUUGUUUUUGUCCGCGUGUUUCGUUUCAUAAUGUCGUCUCAGAUUAUACUCUUUCAGUACCGCCACACUUUCUCCACACAGAAGACACACAGGUUUUCCAGCUACCUCCGUGAACAUAUACUCCGACUCCCACCUUGUUUGAAACCCCCGGUUCUCAGUGUCCACCUUCCGUUUUGCCAUUUUUGAUGGGUAUCUGAAAGUUAAUUUUACUGUUAUGCUGACGACUGCUGUGCUAAUAAAUAUUGAAAUGAAGCAGCCUACUGCUCGGUGCGUCACCGUUGCAUUGUGGGAAAUGUAGUAUUGGUGCGUGUAAAAGAUCUGCGGGCUGCCGGCUUGCUGCGGUCUGCGGGCCGGUUCUAAUAAUAAAUCAAGAUCAUCCCAGGGGCCGUAAAAAACCUUCUCGCGGGCCGGAUGUGGACCGCGGGCCUUGACUCUGACAUAUGUGGUUUACAGGGUCUCUUUAUCAAACCCUGUUAAGACUCAGGAAGGACCUGAACUGACUGUUUUUAGACCUGAACCGACUGUUUUCAGACCUGAACCGACUGUUUUUAGACCUGAACCGACUGUUUUUAGACCUGGUCUGACUGUUUUUAGACCUGAUCUGACUGUUUUUAGACCUGAACUGUUUUUAGACCUGAACCGACUGUUUUCAGACCUGAACUGACUGUUUUUAGACCUGAACCGACUGUUUUUAGACCUGAACCGACUGUUUUUAGACCUGGUCUGACUGUUUUUAGACCUGAACCGACUGUUUUUAGACCUGGUCUGACUGUUUUUAGACCUGAACCGACUGUUUUUAGACCUGAACCGACUGUUUUUAGACCUAAACCGACUGUUUUUAGACCUGAACCGACUGUUUUUAGACCUGAACUGACUGUUUUUAGACCUGGUCUGACUGUUUUUAGACCUGGUCUGACUGUUUUUAGACCUGAACCGACUGUUUUUAGACCUGAACCGACUGUUUUUAGACCUGAUCUGACUGUUUUUAGACCUGAACCGACUGUUUUUAGACCUGAACUGACUGUUUUUAGACCUGAUCUGACUGUUUUUAGACCUGAACCGACUGUUUUUAGACCUGAACUGACUGUUUUUAGACCUGAACUGACUGUUUUUAGACCUGGUCUGACUGUUUUCAGACCUGGUCUGACUGUUUUUAGACCUGAACCGACUGUUUUUAGACCUGAACCGACUGUUUUUAGACCUGAUCUGACUGUUUUUAGACCUGAACCGACUGUUUUUAGACCUGAACUGUUUUUAGACCUGAACUGACUGUUUUUAGACCUGAACUGACUGUUUUUAGACCUGAACUGACUGUUUUUAGACCUGAACCGACUGUUUUUAGACCUGGUCUGACUGUUUUUAGACCUGAACCGACUGUUUUUAGACCUGAUCUGACUGUUUUUAGACCUUAACCGACUGUUUUUAAACCUGAUCUGACUGUUUUUAGACCUUAACCGACUGUUUUUAGACCUGAACCGACUGUUUUUAGACCUGAUCUGACUGUUUUUAGACCUUAACCGACUGUUUUUAGACCUGAACUGACUGUUUUUAGACCUGAUCUGACUGUUUUUAGACCUUAACCGACUGUUUUUAAACCUGAUCUGACUGUUUUUAGACCUUAACCGACUGUUUUUAGACCUGAACCGACUGUUUUUAGACCUGAACUGACUGUUUUCAGACCUGGUCUGACUGUUUUUAGACCUGGUCUGACUGUUUUCAGACCUGAACUGACUGUUUUCAGACCUGAUCUGACUGUUUUCAGACCUGGUCUGACUGUUUUCAGACCUGAUCUGACUGUUUUUAGACCUGAACUGACUGUUUUUAGACCUGGUCUGACUGUUUUCAGACCUGAACCGACUGUUUUCAGACCUGAACUGACUGUUUUCAGACCUGAUCUGACUGUUUUUAGACCUGGUCUGACUGUUUUUAGACCUGGUCUGACUGUUUUUAGACCUGAACUGACUGUUUUUAGACCUGAACUGACUGUUUUUAGACCUGAACUGACUGUUUUUAGACCUGGUCUGACUGUUUUCAGAC